CCAGGUCACUGAUUAUGGGUAUUUUCUGAUAUGUCUUUGGUAUAAAAGAGGUGCAUAAUCCCAUCCUAAGCAUACGCAAUCUUGUAUCAGACAUAAUGCGGUACACAUUCAUUCUAUUGACUCUCGUGGCCCUCGGAGCGGCUAUAGCUCCGCAACAAAAGCAGCAUGCUGCAAAUCAAGAACUCUUGCAGAAGCAGCAGGACGUUGUUGAUCUUCUAUCCCAAAUCACUCAGGACACAAUUCCAAACCCACAAUUAAAUCACAUUGCACAUACUUACGAUAUUGUUGCCAAUGCUGACAAAUACGAAAACCCUGUAAUCGUUAAGUAUUACGGUAGUGUCGUUAAAGCUGGUUUGGUUCAACCCAGAGGUACUGCUUUCUCCAAUCACAUCAGCCAAUUGCGCAAAGAAGCAGCUAUUCUUCAAAAGAUCUUAUUGGGUGCCCUGAACUAUCAAAUUUUCUUGAAUACUGCCGCUUAUGCUCGUGUUAAGGUUAACGAAGGACAAUUCUUCCAGGCCUUUACUGCUGCCAUUUUACAACGCCAAGACACCCAAGGUGUUAUUUUACCACCACCAUAUGAAAUCUUACCCUCGUACUACUUCAACUCUCAAGUCAUCCAGAAAGCACAAAUUUCUCAUGGCUUAAACAAUGAUGUUGUUAUCCCUGUUAACCAAACCACCUACUUGCCUCAUGGAGAAGAACAACUUUCUUACUUCACCAACGACAUUGGACUUCAAACCUACCAUGCCUAUGUUGACCUAGCUAACAACAAUCUGCAAUUGCAGCAACAACAAGGCCAACAACAACAACAACAACAGCAAUACACACACCAACAGCAACAACAUCAUCAACACCAACAACAGCAGUACAAUCCAUUAGGAUCUCAAGUGUACCAAUCGUCUGAACAAGAUUCUCCAAAUGGUAAAGGAGCUAAAUCCUCUUACCUCCAAAAGCAACUUUUGGCCCGUUACCAAUUGAACCGCCUUUCCAACGGACUUAGCCCAAUUGAUGAAGUUGAUUACGUUACCGUACAUGCUCCAUUGGAAUCCCAUCUUCAACACCUCAAUGGUCUCCCAUUCCCUAACCGUCCAGAAACCUUGAAUCUCCCAGAACAAAACCAGGAACAAGAGGAAUUGAGCCAGGCCGUGAGGACAUUGGAACAGAGACUCGUUCAAGCUAUUGACUCUGGAUAUGUUCAAACCGCACAAGGUGCUUUGCUUUCUCUUUACCAACCACAAGGUUUAAGCAUUCUUGCUGAUCUUAUCCAAGGAACUGGCAGAAGUGUCAACCCAAGAUACUAUGGCAACCUUCAAGCAGCAGCUAGCCAACUCCUUGGCAACGCUCCCCAGGUUCAAAACAUCUACGAUUACACCCCAGCCGUUUUGGAACUCCCCGAGACAUCUGUUCGUGACCCUGCCUUCUAUCAACUCCUCAAGAAAGUAAUCAACCUCUACAACAGAUACCAACAAUCCUUGCCAGCCUACCAAUACAACCACCUCUUGGUUCCUGGUGUUACCAUCGAAGAUGUUUCUGUUACUCCAUUGACAACUUUCUUCAGCGAGUACUACGUUAACCUUACCCAGGCAAUGGGACACGGACAACAAGGACAACAAGGACAACAAGAAGGACCACAAAUCCUGGCUAAACUUAUGAGAUUAGACCACCAUCCUUACACUUACCACAUCAAUGUUAACAGUGAGAAACACAUUCCUAACGCCGUUGUUCGCGUUUACCUUGGACCAAAAUACGACUACGAAGGCCAACCAAUAAGCAUUUCUGAAUCCAGAGAAUUAUUCGUUGAACUCGACCAGUUUGUUCAAGAUCUUAAACAAGGCCAGAAUGUUAUUGUCAGGAACUCUCAACAAGCUCCAGGACAAAGCCAUGACUACCCAUCCGUUCAGGAUAUCCAAGAUGGUGUCAACGCUGCUUUGAACUCCCAACAUCCAUUCUACAUUACCAAACCACAAAACAUCUAUGGCUUCCCUGCUAGGCUAUCUCUUCCCAAAGGUACCUACUACGGUCUACCACUCCAACUUCUCGUAGUGAUUUCCGUACAAGGACAACCUCAGCCAAGCAACAAUCCAGUUAUUCCACAAAAAUACCAGAACUACCAACAAGAAUACCAAAUCGUUGGACCUAAUGAAUACCACCAAUAUGAACAACAAUCUAAACAACAAACCGUAGAAGUUGUGCCUGACCAAGGCAACCUUGAAGAUUUAAUCGAAGGUGUUAUAUCAGUAGCUCAAAGAACAAAAUCUUCGCUACUGAAUAAAGUUGAUCGCAUAAAACAUUUCUUCUUUCCAGCUGUCGCUACCGAACAAGGAAGUCUUUACACGAAACACCCAGCACAAUCCCAAGCACAAGCUUACCAAACCGAACAGGCUACACAACAAGUUGGCAUUCAAGGAGGUAUCCAAAUUGGACCUUAUGGCAUUCACGGAGUAUACCAAACUGGAGUACAAGGUGGCCCACAAGUAGGAGUACAAGGUGUUCAACAAGGAGUACAAGGUGUCCAAAGAGCCGCACAAGGUUUCCGUGGAGUAUUCGAAGGAGUACAAGGAUCAAUACAAGGAGGAGUCCAAGCAGGAGUACAAGGAGGAGUACAAGGAGGUGUACAGGGAGGAGUACAAGGAGGAGUAUAUGGUGGCAGGGCUUACCAACAUGUUAACGCAGGACAACAAUAUGGUUACCAUGGACAACAAGGCCAACAAGGACAACAAGGACAACAAGGACAACAAGGCCAACAAGGACAACAAGGACAACAAGGACAACAAGGACACCAAGGCCAACAAGGACAACAAGGACAACAAGUACAACAAUACAGUAGCGGUCAGACUCACGCCGGUGGAUACCAAGGCAUCUACCAAGCUUAUGCCCAAACUCAGGAACAACAAGAGCAACAACAGCAACAACAACAACAAGUCAACAACUACUACCAGAACCAAGAUAUCUCCGACAUUAUUGGCGGUGCCAUUUCCCUUGAUGAGAAACCCUAUGGUUACCCAUUAGAGCGACCUCUUACUCCUGGUGCUCUUGCUGUCCCCAACAUUUACGUAAAAGAUGUUCGCGUUUACCACAAUGGUCAACCUACAAACUCGAUCAGCCAGUAAAAACGUCACCAAAUUCUUACGACUAGUGUAAUAUACGGAGCGAUUUUGAAUUUGAUCUAUGUCACACUUAAAAAUAACACGCAUUACUGAAACGUGUGCGUGUGGUGUCUGUUUUUGUAUGACUGUGUGUACCUCUUAAUUUGAAAAUGAUAAAAAAGGAAUGAUUACUAUAAAGAAAGUGCAAUAAAUAAAUUGUUAUAAAAACA